UGCUUCCUAAAUCCUCUGACGUCAUUAGUCAAUAGGCUGCCAUUUUCUUCCUCUCUCUAUCUCUUGUUAAUUUUAUAUGAUGCCUUUAUCAUAUGAAAAGUGAACAAUCUACGAGUUGUUAAGGAUUUUUCGGUUUUGGUUUGAGCACUACUUCUUGAGGCUGUGGAAAGAACUCCGCAGCUCCAUCACUGUAGAUGUUUUAUCACAGGGAGGUCUAAUUCUUGGCAGGAACCUGAUACUAACAACCAUUCCCUCUUGAAGGGAGGCUUGGAACUCAAUCAGACUAAAAUGUCAGAAAAUGAAAAGCGAUGUGCCAAACUCCAUAAACAAACAGAAGUAGAAGUGUAUGAUGAGGACCCUAGUUCAAAAUGUCUAUCAAAAACUGCAUCUCCAGUAUGUGCAGGAGUACCCACACCAACAGUACAGCCUGCUAGUAGCUCAUCAGAAACAUCUCCAGAUGACCCUGUCUCCAAGCCAGUCCCGGUACCUCCACAGAUUACACGUAAGCAGACACUUAUACGAACGCAAGCCUUAGAGGGCACUUCGCCACCACCAGAGUCAUUCUUCAGCCAAAUCAGAUCAAAUGGACCAGCCAGUGAUAGCCUUUUAACAAAUGGGACAGCUGAGGGAAACAAGGGCACCAAAAACAAAUACCAGUCUUCAUCUCAAGAGGCUAAAGAAUAUCUGUUGACUUCACACAAGGUCUCCAGUGAUUCUGGUCUCGGUACACUUGACAACAAUGAUGGUUCCAGUGAUACUUCAGUUUUAUCUAGAGAUUCUAGUCUAGAAAAUGCCUCUUUAGAUUGUUAUAAAGAUUCUUCUGGUGUUAAUAUACCCAAGUUUAUUAGAGAGACUCUACUGAAGGGACCAAAAGAUAAAAAAACUGUUUUAACAAUAGAAGCUCAAUUGUUAGAUUUUAUCAAAAGUGACGGUCAGGUACCCCUGAAGACAAGUGAAAUGACAUCCUAUGAUCGUAUGAUAGUUCAUCGCCUGUCUGCUUACCUUGGACUAGACCACAAUGUGGAUACAACAGGCAAGAGCGUGGUUGUUAACAAGACAGACAAGACCAGAGCUGUCAAGCUAACAGAUCUAAUUUUAGGAGAUGUUGGUGAGGAACCAAAGAAGAAAAUCUUGUUAAAAAAACCUGCUAGUCUAGAUGAAAAACAUGGUCGACAUACCAGCAAAAAUGCCUUUGGGUCCCACAGAGCCAAGUCACUAGAAGAAAGGCAACAGUUUUAUACAGAAGUAAGGGAGCGCAUCUUUAAUAAGGGUGAAGAGAACCUUCCCGAUGGUAUCAGAAAUCCUACCUCAUCUCAUUUGUCACCUGAUUAUAUUCCACAAAUGAACCAUCAACAACGAAGUCAAGAUAUUGUGAGGUUGACUUCCAAGUGGGCCAGCCAGGAGUCCAGUGGCUACGAGUCUAUGAAGGAUUCUCCGACAGCUCACUAUAUGGGCCCACCCAGUUUACCUUACACCUGCCCGAUGCCUGGUCUGCCCUUGGACCAGUCUCACAUGCCCAGGUCUACUCCUGACUCCCCACACACUCAGUCUCAUCAGUACCCAACAACUUACGCCUACCUGGUCUCCUCUGACUACAGUAGUAUACCAGUGGGCAGUCUCAUUAUCAACCCUCAUACAAUGUGGCUCCCUACACAAAGCUAUCCACACAGCUAUGAAGCCUCCAUCACGUAUGUGCAACCACAUGUGAACUCUGAUGGCUCACUGUACCACUUCGAUCCCAGCUGUCCACCCCCAUUUAUGGUGGCAGCGCCCCCUCAGCCACCUCCACCCACGCCACCAGUAGGAAAUGUGGUGUACCACACUGUAGGCCCUGCCAGCUCGGAAUCAGUGAGUGAACUAAAUGCCAGAUUGGCUGCCACUACUCUGUCUCCAGUGGAACCUGAGGCCUACACUGUAGGGCAGCCGGUGCCAGUGAUGCCCACCACUAUACUACAGCACCCACACCCUGUCUACACAGCAACACAUCCUUCACAAUAUGCACAGGGUCAGUACUAUACCCCACAAUCUCCAGCAGCAGGCCAGCAAGUUAGAUACGUGACUUAUGGAUUUCACCCUCAAAGCCAACAACCUCUUUUGCAAGCAACUCCGGUUGAAGGGCAGGGACAGACAACUGUGCCCAUGCCUGCUGUUGGAAUUCCACCAGUUGCUGGCCCUGGGGGUUUUCAGGUUAUUGGGCCUCCUUUUUCUAAUGCAUCAUUACCCCCUGGGCAGGCCACACCUCAGUGUGUUGAUCUUUCAUCUGUGUAUCACUACACAGCUACCGCAGAAACUGUAGUCAGCUCUGCCAAUGCAGUCACUGGUUCACCAGUUGCAGUGACUACACCUACAGGACUAUUACAGGCAUUCAACCUAGGUUAUCCCAGCCAGCCUCAACAGCCGAGCCAGCACCCUGUGGCUCAUGGCCACCAGGGUCAGUUUACACCGUGUUCAGUCACGCCCACAGGAACAACUUACUAUGCUGUGCCAGUCUCUACGCCAACUCCUUCACAAACUCUAGCUCCACCACCACCGUCAUCUCAUCAUUUUCAGCCCCUUCACCAGCAGCAUCAACAAACAGUGUUUUAUACGCCCUCCAAUUUGACUGUUACCCCAGUGAAUUAUCCAGUUCCAGUGUCAAAUCCAUCUCAGUCAUCCACAUCGUCAUUUAAAAGUAUACCAGCGCAGUACUUAGCUAACAACCUUCGUUCAUUGACUCCACCCCAGCAGCAACAUCCACAGCAUUUACAGCCUUCCUCGGCUGUGGCUGCGGUCUCAUCCAAUGGCCACCAUUCUGCACCAUUGACUUUAAACUAUGGCCAGCCCAUGAACUUUCCAGCCAGUCAGACUCUUCCUCCCCAAGGGGCGAGUCAGCUGGUAACAUUUCAAGGUAGUUCUUACCAGGUGCGACCAGUGAGUGCAAUGAUUCAGCUAAACCCUGCCGUUCAACAGCCACAAAUGUCAUAUCAAAUUUACAGACCUGCAGGGAAUAUAACAGAUUUUAAACUGAUGACUCAAGGUGCUCUACAUAGACAGCCUUCUCUACCUGGUUCCAACCAGCAGCCUAGGCCCAAGGGAAGUAACCCAGCUCGUCAAGCUAAGAAAGGUCAAAAGAAACCUGGAACUCGAGAUGGAGAAGACUAUCCAGUGGGCCAGCAAAGGAGCACAGCUCCACAGAAUGUAGCUCUAACACUGACGCCACUGAUCCCUAGUUCUUUACCCCAAACUUACCAACAAAUGCCCUCCACUUCUAAUAGACAGUAAACAUGGUGCUUAUGGUGUGGCUUGUAUAAAGAUCUGAUGUUAAUGGUGCCAGAGUAUAGAUGAUGGAAUAAAAGUCACUUUGAGAAUAGCUGAUUUUAUGAUUGCAAGCUCAGAAGUAUUGUGAAAAAUGCUUUCUAAAUUAGUCAUAAUAAAUGAAACAAAACAAAUUAUUUUCAAGAUGUAUUUGUUAAGAAACUAUUACUAUAACAGUGAACAAUAUAUAUAUAUAUAUAUAUAAAUAUAUAAAUACAUGUUCUAUUUUUUGACUAUGUGUAGAUUUUAAGUUACCUAACAAGUGAGAGGUGCCACAUUGCUAGCGUUUUUGAAGAAGGAUCAGAUACUUAGUUUUAUUACUUGAAUGCUGAAAACAAAAUGUAACAUUUUGAGUUCAUAAAAUUAACAAGUAAAGAUACUUGUCUAUCUUUCUAUCUUAAAAAGUAAACUUUUUUUUUUGUCUUUUUGUAGACUUUUAGAGAUAGUGUCUAUAUUAAGAUAUUUUGCUUCCAUUUUUGUUUGGGUAAAGAAAAGAAAUGUAGAAAUUUCUUGCAGUUUGCGCCCUGGACUGUUCUGACUUAGCAAUGGUCCUGGGUUCAAACCCUGCCCGCUUCCAUCCCCCCGUCGUCCUGCAGGAGGUUUGGACUAGGAAGUAAAGUAUUUUUACCUCUGAAGGAACAUCCGAAACAUGUAAAACAUUUAUCAACUGGAUACCAAAAAAAUAUUAUUGAAAUACUAAGCUAUCACCAUAUUAUUCAGUGGAACAGUAGAAUGCCCAGGUAUCUGAGAGUGAUUUGAUAUUGUGAUUGCUUUAAACAUUCCAUGCACAUUUUCAAAAAUUAUUAUUUCAUAAGUAAAUUAUAGAUCUAACAAAAAUCUAUUUUGGGGUUAAUAUAAUCAUUUGCAUCAUAAAAAAAUAGCCUAAAGCAUUUAGGUAAGUCAAACAUUAUAUUUUUCUUAAAAACAAAAAAACCCAACCAACUUUAGUCGUUAGACUAAAACGAUGCUGUCUUUGUACUUUAAAAAAAUUAAUGCUUUUAGAAACAAUGUUGAAAAAUAAGGCAAAAAUCCCUUGAGAGCUAAAAGCCUUGCUUAUGUUAGGUCGCCUUUUCAUUUGUGACCUCACAGUAACCUUAAGGACCAUAGUUAGCAUAGUAUGUCCAUUGUACCUUGUCAGGCAUGGGUUAUGCCAUUCAACUUGGCUAUAGCUGUUGACUAACACUAGAGGCUCUAAAGGGAUAUAUAAAUGGUGUAUGAUAAUAGAGAGCUUGUCAUGCAUUUUCUAUCAUGCAAGGAAAACAAAAAGUCCUCAAGAGAAGUAUUGAAUAAGCUAGUGGCACCUCCACUUUGCAGUCAGUCUUUCAUUGUCUGGUACUGUCAGUCUAUAGAUGUCUUGUGUACAGAACUAAGUCAUUAGAAAUAAAUAGUCCAACAUUGGGUUUUGUUUUUUGUAAGAUAACUAGGGUUCAAUUAGGUUUGUGUUUACUUGGGUUUUUUUUAUUAGCUAUAAUGUAGGUUGGAUUAAUUUGAUAAAUAUAUAGUUUUUUUUUCCCUUCAGUUACUAAUGAUGCAGUCAUAUAAAUCUGUUAAUAAAACAUCUGUAAUAGACAUUAUUUAACAGUAAUCCAGUCCUAACGUGCUAAGUCAACUCAUUUUUUUUUAUAUAUAUACAAUUCUUAUUUCCUGUUCAUGUCAAUAUGUUUGUUUUUAAUUCAAGUAGAUCAAAGAAUGUUUUCAUCUGUUGUUUUAGUUGUCUCUUCUUUUUUUUUUUUUUUAAAGCUUUUAUUACAAUAAAUAUUCUAAAUCAAAUUAUUUACAUUGAUGAGUUUAUCUUGUCUUUAAAAUGUUACAUAACUCAAUUAACAGUUAUACUUUGUUUCGAGACAGCACAUCCCAUCAUUAUGAAGUUACAAAUAAAGAUUGACACGAGACCUAGUGCGAUUUACAAAUGUUUCUUAUAUUCUUUAGUUAUGUACAAUUUAUCUGGUAGACUGCAUCUCAUUAUUUUGAACUCUACUUUAGAGGCUGAUGAUGCAUUAUGUAAAUCUAAGAUGAUGGUGUAGUGUUUUAUUCCAAAAGAAAAAAUAAUUUCAAAGUCUGCUUUUGUUGUUUUUAAGGAAAGUAUUUGAAGACUUCAAACAAAAAAAAAACUAUUUAAAAGUCCAAGUUUCUAAUUAAAAACUUGGUGACAUCAAAUGAAUACAAAAGUAUUUUAGAACAGAGCCAAUUGUUCAUGAACUUGUGUUCACUUUUCUUGUACAAAAACAAUGUGAAUAAAAUCUUAGUGACCCUGGUACUUCCCCCAUAUGUGAAUAGGAUCUAUUUUCUGGGUAGCACUGCUUUCAAAAGUUUUUGUUUGUGUUUUUUUUUUGUUUUUGAGUGAAAAAAUGUUGCGACUGAAAAAAAGGAAGGGAAAAAAAAAUCUUAUUUCUAUGAUCUUCACAUUAACUCAUCUGCCAAUUAUUGGCUUCAUUUGGAGCCACACUGCAAGCAGAGACUAAUCUUCAUUUGCCAAAUGUGAGCAAUAAAAAAAUGUAAAUGGUAAGGUGCUCACUAUGUAUCAUAUGAGUUUAUUUUUAUCUCAACAAAAAAAGUUCGUUUUUUUUAACUUUUUUCUUCAAAACAAAAACUUCCUAUUUUCAAUUCAUUGGCUGUGCCAAUGUAAAUAUUCUUCUAUUGGUACUCUCUCUAGUUAUGCAUUGCCUUCCCCUGGCCUAAUUGUUUUUCUUACGUACAGAUCAAAAAGCUUUCAAUGUAGCUACGCAGUAUUUUAAUCCUAUAAUAAACAUGAGUUUAAAUUAAUUUUUUUUUUUUUAUUGUUUUUUUUUUUUUACAUCAUAGUCAUUUUAAACAAUGUAAUCUAAAAGCAGCAAUCAAAACCUUACUGUUAGUUACCUACUGUCUUCGCAAUGUUCACAUAGUGGGAGAGGGGCUUGCUACUGACUAGUCAAUUUUUCUUUAUCCUUGCUUUAAACUAAAUAUCACAUGUUCCAAAUUAUCUUGGCUUUCUUUCCCUUGUUGAGAACAUACCAUGUUAAUGGGAAAACUUUUUUUUUUAGCAUGUGAGUUUUAAUAAGUUUGAAUUGGUGAGAAUUUUUUGAAGAUAUUUUUUUUGUUCAUACAAUGUUGAAAUAAGUUCAUCUGUUUGUUCAACUAAUGCACAUUUGUUAUUUCAUUUUAGAGCAGUUAUUUUCUUUUUGUUCAGACCAAUUAGAAUGUGUCCACAUUCAACAUCUCACUACAAUUUAGGUGAAUAAUGUGUAAUAUUUUAAGCUGUAAGCUUCCCCCUUUAUGGCUAGGUAAUUCUUGUAUAAUUAGAUGACUGCUCCUUAGUGCCAAAUGUCUCAGAAAAUUGCAUUAUUUUUAUUUAACUUUUUGGAUUAGUUAAAAACUAUUGGUUUGACCUAAAGAUAGUACUUUGAAUGAUUAGAAGCAGCCAAUUGCUAUUAAUCAGGAGAAAAAUUUGUUAAACUCUGAGUGAAAUGUCUGUUAAAUUACAAAUGGUGACAUUAGUUGCCCUGGUGAAAUUCCCUUUAAGCCUCUUUGAGCAAGUGAAUUUUGAUGGUUUCUGGAACCAACUUUUGUCUUGUGGCCAACAUAAAUAAAGCAUUAUUAUUGAGAAAUUAUUUAACGACCCAAUCAGAGCUCUGCACUUGUGUGCUGUUUUAUCAUUUUAACGUUACUAAGACUUGUACUUAACAGUUCUGACAGUCUCAGAAAAAUAAGAUGUUUUGCUUACAACUGUCUAAAAAAAAUAAAACUCAAACUGACAAUAUGAUUGUGUGUUUGACAUGAGCUGAUGGAGGAUUUUCUUUUUUUUUUCCUUGCUUUUAAAAAAAAAAAAAAGAUAUUUACAUAUAAACUGUUGGGUGAAAACAAAACUUGGAAUAUAAUACAGCCCCUGAAACAAUUUAAAUCAAAUGUUUUGGAUUUAUUAUGUUUUUUUAUUUUAAAAGCUUAAUUUCUUUUAGUUAAGAAUUUAUGGGGCUGUGCAAAAAAUGUGGACAUUUUUUUAUUUCUUUAUAAAACCAAUAGACAUCUAUCUGACAAUAAAAGUGUAGGUCAGAAUUUCAAUAAUAGUUCAUCAGAAAAGGCCUUUAAAAUGAAAACAUCAAUAACAUUUCUUAACUGAGUUAUAUUUUUUUUCUAACUUUUGUUGCUUUGAUUUUAAAUUUUUUAAUUUUAAAUCUAAUGUAUGACAUGACUAAAGGAAACAUUUUUUCAGCUAAAAUACAUUUUUUAAAAUUUUAAUACAUUUUUUUUGUAGCAAUUUUUUCAAUCUCAUUGCAUCAGAAAUGAAAAUGAAUAAUCAAUAUUUUAAUAGUUAAUAAUCUUCACAUAUUUUACAACUAAUUGUAUGACUGAUUCUUGACAAAUUUCUUCAGAUUUGUUAUGAAAAAAUUAGAUGUAGGUUUGAGUUGUUAUAUUAUGUCAACCAAUCAUUUCUGUAAGUAACUAAAAAUAUUUUCAUUGGCAAUAUUUGAUCUUAAUUUGGUAUCAUCUGUUAUCUUAAAAUGUAUGGUACAUAUGUUUUGAUAAAAAAAAAAAACAAUGUUCAUUACAACACCUCCCCUUAAAAGGCUUUCAUUCUUUACUUUAAAAAGUUUUGUGUACAGCAAGAGAGUUUAUGCACAUUCUUAAAAGAAGUGAAAAAAAAUAAUUUGUGGUUAGUUAAUAUGGUGUUUAAACAAAUUAGAUUUGGUAUUGAUUCCUAGUUUUGUGUGUUUAUAGUCAAUAGAUUUGAAUACGUUACUGUGUUUGACAAUGGUGUCUUUAAAUUAGUCUAUACACAUAACUUAGUUUUCUUAACCAUUACUGGUUUGGACAUUGACAGUGUUCAUAAGAGUUAAUUUGGCAUGCCUGAGUUAUCUUAUUGAACCAUUUGAACUACUGUGACAGAAGAUCUCAUCCAAUGUGUCAUGAGAAGUAUAGAGCGUUCUAUACCAACUCUAUGCUUUUCAAAAACUAAUGUACAUACACAUGAAAAGUUACCUUAAAAAAAAGGGGGGGGGUGCUUCAGUUAGAAACCUUAAAAACACAGACCUUUAUUAAAACUGUUUUCCAGCUUCAAGCAACAAAAUAAUAGAGGGGGGAAGCUUUUUAAAUGACUGUUAUUUAUAGUUUUAAAGAUUUUCAAAUGAACUGAUUCUUAAAGAGGAUAUUUAAAUGCAACUCUCAUGAUGCUGCUUAGAUAAAAUUAGAUGGAUAUAAUAAAAUAAUAUUCAUGUUUUAGAAUAAAAUUAUUUUUAUUUUUUUUAGGAUUUUCUCAGCUAUUUUUGACUUGCAGUUUGGUAUUGUUUUAAACUAAGACUGCACACACUUGAUCAGAAGUUUCUUUAGGUAAAGACAUUUCAUCUGACUGAAGGGUAUAUGGGCCAUUGACACUUGUACUGUGUCCAAACUAUAGGCUUACUUGCUGAGCUCAACUUUUCAACUGACACACCAACUCUCUUGUGUUCAUACUGCAAUAAUGCCCAGGUGUCCUUGUGUUUGCUUGACCUUGUAGUUUGAAUAAAAUGUCUGCAGUAACCCUCACUGUUCUAUUCAUGACUAAGCAGGCUUACUAGUAUAAAAUGUGUAACAAUCUGUAAGACCUAACUUAACAUAAUACAUAACCAUGAUAGUAAAAUGUACUAGUGUCUCAAUAAACUAAGCUUUCAUGUAAUUCGAGGUUGGAUUACCAUUGUGUCUGUGCUACAGCAUUAGUGUAUUUUUUUAUAUCAAUUGAAAUUGGUCUUUAUCUCUUCCUUCUAUAAGACAAAAUCUGCUUAGUUACAGGUUGUUAUUAUUUAGUUUUGGUGCCCAUAUAGUUUCUAGUCUUUUUAAAAAAAUAUUCUAUUUACUGUUAAUUUAAACUUUUUUUUUAAUUUUUUUUUUUAGUUAUUUUAACUUUAAAAUCUGUAUUAUUUCCAUUAAGUUGCAUCAUUGCAAAUAUUCUUUUUCAUAAUCCAGGAAACUCAAGCUUUGUUUUCUUAGAUGUUUGAGCAAAUGUAUUUUUUUAUUUUUUUAUUAUUUUUUUUCUUUCUUAUUACUAUAUACUAUACAAGUUUGAUCUAAGUGACUUAAUUUCCAGGCUUUUUUUAAGCAUAAUAGUAUUCCUGAAAAUGCAAAUCUAGAUUUGUGCAAAAUGUUGCUUCCCGGUUUAAUGUUGAUGUGUACAUAGAUAAGAAAGUACCAAAGGUCUGAAUGGAAUGACAUAGGUCUUUGGCUGAGUUGGAUGUACUGUGUGCCUACAUACUGGAUGUUUCUUUUGAGCUAUGAAUGAAUAAGAUGAGGCUAAUAGCGAGUAGCUUUAUUAGUGACUGUAUAACUGUGCUGGAUAUGGCUGUACAUGCCCCUUGUGGCGGCCUGUCAACAUUCACUCCAAGUGGUAUUGUUAGAAAUUUUUAUCAUUUUGUUUUAUGUCUUUACAGUUAGAAACUUUGCAAGAUGUUGAAAGACUAAGAAGUUUAAAAUUCUUGUAGAGUGACUGAAUUGUGAGCUCAUUUUGUUGACUUGAGUGAUUUCAUGGAAGUCAGUGAUGUUAGUAGACUAAGAAGUUUAAUGUAGAGUGACUGAAUAGUGAACUCAUUUUGUUGACUUGAGUGAUUUCAUGGAAGUCAGUGAUGUUGGUAGACUAAGAAUUUUAAAAUUCUUGUUGAGUGACUGAAUUGUAAACUUAUUCUGAGUGAUGUAAUUUCUAAUUGUGUAUCUUCAUUCAAAGAAUGAAUGUAUGAGAUUUGCAUGACUUACACUUGCCUAGUGUAUGUGCUUGAACUCUUGCUGAAUGGUCCUUAGGGUCUCUAUUAACUUAUGACUUACAAAAUGAGUUCAUCUCAUCUAGAUCUGCACUUGACUUUUCUUGGUUUCUUGUAUGUUCUGUUGACAUCUUUACUGACAUGUUGUAGAUGGCCAUGUUUAACUUGUUACUGCACCAGUAUCAAAUAAUUCAAUGUACAGUAGCUCUUACAACCCCUUACCCCCCUCAUUACACAUUGCCCUCCCUUCAGCUAUCUCUGUUGUGCAUUGAUUCUUGUAAUGAACUAUGAGAAUAAAAACUUGUCCCCAACA